AUGGUCCGGAUGAGCGUGAAUGCCGAUAUCAGGCCCAUCUUGUAUAUACUACGAGAGAACCCGCUGAUCGACGGUCACAAUGAUCUACUAAUCCUGAUUCGAGCGUUGUACAACGACCACAUAUACCAAUCCAAUUUCACGGCACCGUUUGAGGAAGGCGAUUUUACUGGUCACUUCGACCUCCCACGAGCAGAUGCAGGUCAACUCGGUGGCUCAUUCUGGAGUGCCUGGAUUCCAUGUCCAUCAGAUGGACUCGACUUCUCCGACUCGAACUACGCACCCUACGUGAGGGCCACAUUGGACCAAAUCGACCUCUUCAAACGUCUCGGCGCCAAGUAUCCCAAAUACUUCACGCUGUCGACAAGUGCAGCAGAAGCAGAAGCCAACUUUGAAGCCGGCAAACUAAUUAGCCCUCUCGCCAUCGAAGGCCUUCACCAAAUCGGCAACUCAGUCGCCACCCUUCGUCUUUACCACGAACUCGGUGUUCGCUACGCCACUCUCAACUGGAAUUGCCACAACCUCUACAGCGACGCCGCAGUCGUCAUCAUAGAUGGAGUCUCCCAAAGAUCAAAGCCCUACUGGCACGGCGUAUCAGAUCUCGGCCGAAAACUCAUCCUCGAAAUGAACCGUCUCGGCAUGCUCGUUGACCUCUCCCACGUCUCACCCGACACCAUGCGCGACGUGUUAGGCGGCAACAAGACAUCAAACGAAGAAAAAUACAAAUGGGAAGGCAGCCUCGCCCCACCAAUCUUCAGCCACUCCUCCGUCUACAGCAUCUGUCCGCACCCCCGCAACGUCCCCGACGAAAUCCUCCACCUCGUCAAACAACGCAACUCGCUCGUAAUGAUCAACUUCGCCCCAGAAUUCAUCUCCUGCACAGAAGACCCUGCCUCCAAAACCGGUCUCCCAGCCUACGUCGACGCCACGAACACCAUCGAACACGUCGUCUCCCACAUCACGUACAUCGGGAACCUGAUCGGAUACGACCACGUCGGCUUAGGUUCGGAUUUCGAUGGGAUUCAGAGCACGCCGCGAGGCUUGGAGAGUGUGGCAGAUUUCCCGAAAUUGAUUGAGUUGCUGUUGAAGGAAGGGGUGAGUGAGGAAGAUUGUGCGAAGAUCGCGGGGAGGAAUUUAUUGAGGGUUUGGCAUGAGGUUGAUGAGGUGAAGGAGAGGUUGGAAAGGGAAGGGUUGGAGGCUUUGGAGGAUGGGAUUGGGGGGAGGAUUGGGGCUAGCUCGCUAGUCGUGAUGUGA